UGUCCUGGAGCUGCUGAAUGGAGUGGAAAAGAGGACAGGCCUCGAGCUCGGAAAAGACAUCAAAUUCAUCGAUGUUAGCCGAAGUAGUUCACGUGGGACUCCCAAUAUCACUAACCUCCUCAAGGCGAACUACACCCAGUGCUCCCAAGUUGGAGUACACAAUAGCGUUUAAUUCUUCUCGUGCUCUGAUAUUCCAGCAGCUGGUGUUUGGGUCUCCUAACAAACCAGACGGCCGAGUGGAGCUGGCUCUGAUGUUGGACAGUCUGUUUAUGGGAAUGGUUGUGAACAAGACGGUGACAUUCUCUCUCAAUACAACCACCUUCCCGGAGUUUUAUCAGCAAGAAUCUAUCGAGGCCAAGCAGGCCACAAGUGCAACACUGUUUCUGUUCUGUGCCAUAACAUUUCAGUUUGUGAUGAUGAUGUACAAUGUGGUGUCUGAGAAGGACCUCAAACUUAGACAGGGGCUCAAGCUCAUCGGUCUCAAGGACUCCGUCUAUUGGAUGUCAUGGGCCAUCACAGGAUUGAUCAUAGCCUUCCUAUCGACGUGUAUCCUCAUGGCCUCAGGCUAUGCCUGUCAACUCAAAUUCUUCCUAAACACUAACUUUGUCAUCAACUUCGUCCUGUUCCUUGUGUAUAGCAGCUCAAUGGUCCCCCUUGCCUUCUUCACCAGCGUCUUCAUCACCACCGUCAGACAAGCUGUGAACACUGGGAUGGUGGUGUUUGUGGUCGGCAUGUUUGUCAUCGUCAUCAUCAGUAACCCGUUCGUCAUGACUCUGAUGUAUGAGAAUGUUCCGGCACUUAUCAUUGUGUUGUCUUUCUUGCCUCCAUUUCACCUGGCGAAGGCAAUGGCUGACAUUGGUAUAGCUGGCAGCUCCACUGACAUUAAUGGCCUCCCUCAAACACCACACUUCUAUGACUGGGCUGACCUGGUUGAGCGCAGGAGAGUGCAGGUGUUCAAUUUCAACUUCAAGCCGGGAAGUCACACCGCUGUCACAUAUUUUAACCUUCCUCCAACAUACCAAUCACUUGUCUUCCUUGUGCUUAAUGCCUUGUUCUAUGGCAUCAUUGCCUGGUAUCUGGACGCUGUCCUCACGGGCAACCACAGCAUUCCCAGAAAGUGGUAUUUCUUCCUCCAACCAUCGUACUGGUGUGACUGUCUGAGUGAUGCUCAGAAUCGCCUGGAGGUGUCUGAUCAUGGCCACUCCCCUAUUAACGAGCGUGUCAGUGAUGAGAAUGAUGAUGAAGAGACCAAUGAGAGGACGGCACUCAUGACAAACAAGAGGAGUUACGGUGUGAGGGGCAAUGAGCAGUUUGCUUUGAGGAUCCAGGAACUAGUGAAGGUGUUCAAUCCUAGCGGCUGUUGCUCGUGCUGCAAGAAGCCCAACGCCCCCGCAGUGGAUGAACUCAGUCUGAAUGUGGAAGAAAACCAGAUACUGGCACUACUGGGUCACAACGGGGCGGGCAAGACCACCACCAUUAACAUGCUUAUAGGUUUGCUGGAGCCGGACAAAGGAGAUGCCUUCUUCUACAACUACAGUGUUCGCCACGACCUCGAUCUCCUACGAAGCGUGUUGGGGGUGUGUCCUCAACACGACAUACUCUGGGGUGACCUGACGGCGAUGGAGCAUAUGAAACUGUUUGCUCACCUCAAGAACAUACCUUCUGAGCAGAUGAAGGAGGACAUAGCCAAUCUGCUGGAGGAGGUCAAACUCACCAAGGUUGCUAAUCAGAGGGUGAACACGUACAGUGGAGGCAUGAAACGACGACUAAGUGUGGCCCUCAGUUUCCUUGGUGACCCAAAGGUGCUAUUCUUGGAUGAGCCCACCACUGGAAUGGACCCGAAGAUCCGACGUGACAUUUGGAACCUGAUUCUUCGUUCCAAGAAGAACCGUGUCACUAUCAUGACUACCCACUCCAUGGAGGAGGCUGAUAUCCUGGGAGACUCAAUUGCCAUCAUGGCCAACGGCAGUCUUAAGGCAAUGGGCACUUCUGUGAAUCUCAAGAACACGUAUGCUGGCUACGGUAUUGAAUUCAUAGUGCACCACGACUCAGUUCAGAACAUGAUCUCCUUCAUAACCGAUCAGAUACCAGACGCUGUUCUGAAGACUGACCCCACUGAAGUGGAGGGUGGGAUGCGGUUGACCUUUGGACUACCCCCUAACAUGAACGAGGCUAUAGUUCCUUUGUUCAAGACGAUUGAAGAGGAUCCAAAUAUUGGCCGUAUGGUGGUGGAUUAUUCCAUAUCUCAGACCACCCUCGAAGAAGUGUUCUUCAAUGUGACAGUGAAUGAGUUGUUCAAGGAUGCUGCGUACAAACCAGCCCACCUUCAGUCUCAGGGUCAGGGUCACUCUCUCCGCCCCCUCCAUGGUGCCUCGGACACGCCCCCCACCAACAUGAAGAAUGCCAUCCCCACAUAGUAAAUCUUUUGGCUGGUUCAUUUCCCUUUUUUCUUCACUCUCUGUGUGUUAUUUAUUCAAAAUUUGUAUACAUAGUGUACACUACACAGUGUGUUAAUUUGUAUGAUAAUAUUAUAACUUUGUGUGAUAAUUAUAAUUAAAGUACUAUUUUUAGGGUAACCAUUUUUAGAGCCAAACAUUAUGUUCCUUAAGCAUAAUUAUUACUAAGAGUGUUGUUUCCUCACAUUGUAUAAUUAUGUUUCCAACAUCAGAUAAACCGUUUAUGUGAUCUUUGACUUCAGAGGUUUCAGAGACAUAGUACAAUUAUUGUUGAAUCUUUUAUCGCUUUCUCAAUAGAAAGGCCGUGAACUAAA